ACGCAGAGUCGUUUGUUAAUGACUUGGAAAAGACACUCGAUAACAUGGACGACGGUUUUGACUUGGAUAACUUGUUGGGCGACAUUUUCGCCUUCAACUCCAAUUCUGGAUCUCCAUCUAACACAGCUGCCCAGCCACCAGCAAACAUUUCCACCUCCAGUAGUAGUUCCAAUGCUGGGUCUACAAACGACACGUUGACCCUCGAGGAAGACGAAGCCUUUGAAAAUGUCCCGGAGGGCGCCAAGGUAGAAGAACCCGUUAGAAAUGUCCCGGUGGUUCUAAAAAAUGCCACACACGUUAAAGACGCGCAUCUUGAAGUUGUCCCGUUGAACCCAGUAGGAGACGUACUAGUUAAAAAUGUCCCAGUGACCUCAGAAGAAGAGAAAUUACCGAUUAAGGAUGCCGAGGGACGGUCUUUCGUAACGGUCACUUUGGCCCCCACUGAACACCCCGUCGGUCUUAACCUCGUCCCAUCCACGUCGAAUGUCGGCGAAAACAUAGCAGAUGCCAGCCGCGCUAUCAAAUCAGUUCUCAAUUCCGAAGUCGCAGCACCAAGGAAGUUAGAAAAAAGCGAAUCCCAAGUUUCUACAGUGCCUUCUGACAUCACUCCUCGGCAUUCUUCCUCUAGUUCCAACCCUAAGACCCGCAGUGCCCCCACCCAGGAAAAUUUUACUUUCGUGUCGAAGCUUUCGCACGGCCAGACGGCAUCUCAACCACCUAAAGACUUCAAUCCUGGAUCUGAACCUCGGCAUUCGGUUCCUCUUCAUCACAAUGACCAUCAUUUCCAUCAGUCAUUUCUCACUUCUUCUUACCUGACGUACGAUCAGCCAGUUCUUACGUCGUCGUACCUGACGUACGACCAGCCCGUUCUUGCGUCUUCCUACCAGACGUACGGUCAGCCUAAGGUGUCUUACGAUCAGGCCAAGGUGUCUUACGAUCAGGCCAAGGUGUCUUACGAUCAGGCCAAGGUGUCUCAUUACGAUCAGGCCAAGGUGUCUCAUUACGAUCAGGCCAAGGUGUCUCAUUACGAUCAGGCCAAGGUGUCUCAUUACGAUCAGCCAAAUUUUUCUUUCAAUCAACCCUCUGCCAACGCUGUUAUAGUGUCGCCAAUAGCUGCUGCUGGCGAGGUUAAAGAAGACUCCUAUUUCGGAGGCAUUAAAGAUUUCUUCAAAAACUUGGCGAAGGCCGGAUCUGACGCGAAGGAAAAGAAGAAAGAUUUACUGAAAGUCCUUAAAAUCACCAAGGCGGGGCUGAAAAAAGGCGCAGCCCUGCUAAAGGCUGCGCUAUUCAAAGGCAAACUUUUGGCAAAGGCCAAAGCCAAGCUUGCCUUAUUUGAGUCAAAGUUCAAGAAGGAUGAAGAGGUUGAAGUGAAGCAGAAGACUUUUCCUACCGCGUCAUUAUAUUUCUUACCUUCACAAGUUCUGCAGGUCCAACCCUUCCAAGCGGUUGAAAAUGUGGCACCCCUUGAACCCCUUGCGCCCGUGUUCGANCCCGUCGCCCGUCUAUGGCCCACCGGCUGCCAUAAUUGAGAACCCGUCGCCCGUCUAUGGCCCACCGGCUGCCAUAAUUGAGAACCCGUCGCCCGUCUACGGCCCGCCGGCCCCCUUUUUGAACAAGCCAUCCCCCAGAUAUGGGGCCCCGGUCCCACACCAAAACCCAGUUUCUUGAAGCACAUGGCGGUGUAUCCGUAGGGUCGGAUUCACAAUUUCCCGUCCCUAUUAACCACGACUUGGCCCACUUUCAGUCCUCUUACUUAACUUAUGAUCAGGCUCCAUUUGCGGCUAACGAUGACCACUUCCACC